UACUUGAAUGAUAUGAUAAUUGGGUAAACCGGUUUUUACUCGGAUCUUUUAUAACCCUUCAAGUUUCAAGCUGAUGAGUGAUGAUCAAUUUCAUUUCCGGAUAUUAAAUCGUUGAAAAUCCGGAAAUAAUGCCAGUGAGAGUCGCGGAGAACUCUGCACCUUCUCAAGUUUCAGGUACAAAUUCAGGAAAUACUUCACCCCCAGCUUGUACACUUUUGAGUGUUGGACAGGCAUUUUCUGGUACUCAAAAUGUUUCUAGUUUACAAAAAGAAGAAGCUUGGAGAGUUAAUGUCCGAAUUCAAGGAUGUGAUCUCGAACAUGGGUAUCUAUGUGGUACCAUGGAAGCUCUAAAUGUUCCUAUGGCCGAUACACCAAUUGUUGUAACCUUUUGGGAAGGGGAGAUUGUUGAUACAAAGAAUUAUACUUUCUACACUGGCAAGUGGGAGGCAUCGCCAGAGGAUGAUAAAAGGCAUUGGACAAAGUUUCCAUCUUUUUCACCACUCUUGAAUCAAGUAGAGGUUGAUGGUGGGAAAUCUUUGGACCUGAGUAAUUAUCCAUACAUAUUUAUGAGAUGGAAAGAGCAAUACUUUGUAAAUGUUGGAACAGACUGUGGGCUAACCAUAGCUGGGUUUUAUUAUGUUUGCUUCUCUUGUAGCGAUGGUUCUAUCAAUGGCUUCUAUUACGAUCCUAAUAGCAGUCCAUUUCAGAAGCUUGAGCUGAUAUCUACGAAUGAAGGAAGAUCGGGAUUCAGUUUUUCAUCAUAUGAAUUGCAGUAAAUAAGAAUGUAGGCUGUUGAUUCCAAUAUAUAUUAGGGCAAACUGAAUUUCUCUUUUUGCAUGCCAAGUUGUCAUGUUGCAACAGGAGAGACUUAUGUGAACGUAUUGCAGUGAUCACCUCGAAUCUGAAAUUGUGAUCUUUUUUGAAAUUUUUUUUUUGGAUGAAUGUAAUUUCGUGAGCACUAUACAGGAGAUGUUCAUUGACUUGUAUCAAUAUGAUGCUUCAUGCAUAUGGUCACCUCAUGCUUGCAAGCUGCUAGUGGUUAUAGAGUGUAUAAUCAAAACAAGUUAA